GGCCAAGGCUCACGAAGAAAUGUCCAUCUCAUCCUUUCCCCCGGUACUCCAAAAUGGAAAGUCCUACGUCACCUUCCGCCUUGUCCAUCCCAUUCGGGUAAUCGUACCCGUCUCAACACCACUCACCCACACCACCACCUAUCCUCAUCUCCAAACCACCUUACAAUAACACAUCCCCUUCCAUCCAUCAUGCCAAUAACUGUAAGAUCCUACACCCUCCCCCCAACCGCUCAAAUCCCAAACUCCCCCAUCCCCCUCCUACACUACCCAGGCCUCUUGAAAGAAACCGUCACAUCUCCCACCUUCACCCCCACCCAGCUCCUAGACCUCUACGCCAAAAACGGGUGGCAAACCCAAUGGAUCGCAAAGUAUGGGCCUGACAUUCAAUCUCACUACCACUCUACCACCCACGAAGCCAUGACCGUCAUUUCCGGCGUGGGCGCCACCAUCCGUUUUGGCGUUGCCGAUGCGCCCGGAUGGCAGGCUGGCGCGUAUGCGCCUGGGGAAAGGGGUGAGCAAGGGGAAGGAGGUGGAAUAGAGAUUGAAGCACGGAUUGGCGAUGUUUUUAUUAUUCCCGCGGGCGUGGCGCAUAAGACGUUUGCUCCGCAACCGGAAUCCCGCGAGUUGGCAUUUCACCAGCCGGAAGAUAUCGCUGGGGGCAGGGCUGCGGAGGUAAAUGAAAAGACUGAAGAAGAACGAAGGAGGUUUUUCGAGAGGGUCCCGACUCAAGGCGAGUUUAUGAUGAUGGGGGCGUAUCCGUAUGGAGGGGUGUGGGAUUUCAAGGUUGGAGGGGAGAGGGGGAGAGAGCAUGUGUGGACUGUGCCUUUACCGGAACUGGAUCCGGUGUUGGGGGAUAGCAAGGAGGGGCUUGUGGGGUUGUGGAGUUAUUCUGGGCUAGAGAGGUAGAGGGAGGAGGGGGAAUAUGGACAUGUUUUUGGGGCCGGGAAAGUAUUCUUUUUGAUGGAUUGAGACAUCUGGAUGGAGAGGUGGCGCAGUGGGUUUUUCUUCAGGAUACCAAGAUUCUUUUACCACGAUGCCAAAGUAUCCGCAAGGCCAAGAGUUUAACUCUCUCUCCCCC